AUGCAAGCUGAUGCCCCUCAAUGGAAGCGGAAGGCGCCAAACUUCAUUGCAAUCAUGUUCCUCCUUGGAGCAACAGUGGGCCCAGCCAUUGACGGCAUCCACGGGCAAGUGCACCUGCUGACCUAUGACAAGGCGCCACUGAUUCUGGGCAAUCUGCACACCUCCGCAUGGGUCUUUGCCCUGUUGGGAGCGUUCUAUGCAACUAUCGGCGCCUGCUUCCCUGCCCUGGACGCCCUAGCGCUGCGGCAAGGCUCAGGGGGCGCAUGGGAAGCAGGGAGGACGUCACCAGAGGGAGGCGGGGAUGAUGCGGGCCAAGAGGAGCCCGAUCAGGCGCAGGAUGGCUGGUUAAUAACCGCGACUCAGCGCGCAGUCAGCCGGGCAGACGCUGGGCAUGCUGCGCUGUCGCUGGGCGUCGUGGCAGGCUUACACCAGCUCAGCAGCGUCCUGUAUGCUGCAGGAGUUCCCUACCAUGAGAUCGGCGCGGACCUGGCGGCUGCGGCGGCUCUGAAUUGGCUGCUGUUCGAUGGGACCCCCCAGGGACUUGCGCUUGCAGCCCUGUGUGGCAUCGGCGCCCCGACAAGUGAACUAUUCCUCAUGAAGCUUCUGGGGCUGUGGCACUAUGAGGCGCCAGAUCUGGUGGUGGCGGGUGUGGGUCUACCCUCCUGGGUGCCUUGGUGCUACUUCUUCUACACUGCCUGGCUGGCAAACGCAGCCCGUGCCCUGUGGAAGCACCUGUGA